AUGAGAAUUUUCAAACGGCGGAAUCCCAAAAAGCUUCAGCAAGAUGAUCAGGAGUUAAAAAAGUCAAAUGAACAACAUCAAGAACACGUUGAAGAUGGCACUACUCGAGAGAAGUUAAUUCAAGAUGGCUAUAGAAUACCCUGUUUGAGUUGUCAAUUCAGUACUGAUUUAAAGAUUAAAGACAAAAAUCUUCCAUCGUCAAUUGAGUGGUCAACGAUUUUGAAAGAUUCCGUAAUAUUCACUUCCUAUGAUGAAAUACUAUUUGGCAACAUUAUAAUCCUAAUCUACAAAUCCAUAGAUCUCAAAAUAUCAACUGUUUCAAUAACAAAAUAUGGUGUCACCAAUUAUAAAAAUUUAAAAUUAAAUCAUCGAUCAAGAUUUUGGCCAAGUUGUGAAAAUUUAUUACCAAAAUAUAAAGAUUCAAAAGUUCGAAGAGCUUUAGCUAUAACUUUUUUAAAAAAUUAUAGUAAAUUAAUUAAAAAUAUAAAUCCAAAUUUAGCUAAUUGGGAUGAAACAACUGCUGGAAAUUUAGCUAAUAAUGCUUCCAUAAUCAGCCGAAUUAAACCAUUUGAAUUUUGUUUAAAAUUAUCUGAAUUAGGUUUAUUGACAGAUCAUUAUAUAAAUUCUUUAUUCAUUGAUGUACUUUAUGAUAACAAUUCAAAUGAUGAGACCACCAUUGAUGAAAAUAAUAAAUUAGCAUUUUUAUUAGGAGAUCAAUUGAACAAUUUACUGGAUUCUAAUGUGGUCGAUACACAAGUAUCUUACAAUCUCACAAAUGAAAGAUUAUACUCAUCUUUAGGAGAGCUAAUAAGCCCAAUUGCAUCAAAUUUGCCUGAAGAACUAAAGAAAGGUUGGAUUGAUAGAAAGUUGAUAGCAAUAAGAGAAUUUAAAAAUGUGAAGGAACUGGAUCAAGAACUUAUCUUGAUAUUUUCUGAUUACUUGCUAAUCUUAUCAAUGUUCAACAAUACCAAAAAAUUUAUGAAGAUGUCUAUGCAGGAGAUCUUGACUAUUUCUUUCAAUCGAAAUGAAAGGUUACCUUCUGAAUUUCCAUUACUUCACGUAGUCCGCUGCGACAAGAUUGAGCAUGUAAAUGUAUCAUCUUAUAAUUCUGCAAUCAAUUCAACCAAAUCCACUUUUUUGGAAAUUAGUUAUAGAGAUGGUACACUUGUGAAUUAUGAAGUGACCAAUCAGUCCAAUCUAAUAAUUCAAGAAUCACUUGUGAAAGCAAAAAUAUUUCGAAAAACUUCAUCAUUUCAUUUAUUCAAAUCUGAUAGGAAUCAACUUAUCAGUAAUUACUUUGUUGCUCAUGAUGAUAAUUCAUACAAUUUUGAAAAAAUGAAAUCUAAUAUUUUGAUAACUUUGAACAUGGAAAACAAAUUAGAUGUGCCUCAAUAUUUGCGGAACAAUCCAAAUUUAAAUUUAAUAAUAAAUUUAUCUUUUAUUGAUGAAACACAAAUUCAAGUUCAAGGGUAUGACACUAAUAGCAAACAUCACAUAAGUAAUAUUAUACCAAAAAUUCAUUUAAAUGAUUUUAUCUGCAACCUAAUACGUAGAAGUCAUGAGCAAUGUACAUCCAAUGUUGAUAGUUUACAAACUUUAGAAAUGAUCCGUCUGAAUGAAAGGGUUUUAAGUUAUUUGGUUGACGAGUUCAAAACUCAAGAUCGAACUGAAGUUGGUGAAGUGGGUAUUAUUGAUCCAACUGAUAGCACCAUUGGACUCAAAAAAUUAAAAUCAAAGACCAAUUUGCACACACACAUGAAUGAGCCCGAAGAUACUAAAGAUCAUAUGAAAGUUGAUAUCGCUCAAGACAUCAAGGUAAAUGUUAUUGAAAAUACAUUUAUACCAAAGGGAACUGAAAAUGAGUACAUAGACAUAUUGAAACCAAGUCCAAUAUUGCAACCAAGCCUGCAUGUAAAAAGCAUUGAUUUGCUUCAUUCUCAUCAACACCAACAACAAAAUCAGGAGGCUCAUCAACACCAACAACAAAAACAGGAGGCUCAACAGCCAGUCAACUCUCAUGAUAGUGGACGAAAUAAUCGAGCUCAUUUCAACAAACAAUCUAGAUUUCAAGAAACUAAACAGCGUCAAGAUUCAAUCCCAAGAGGAAAAUCAACAAAUGAUGAAGUAACCACGUCUAAUUCGAUAUCAACAAUUAAACGACUCGCAACAGUUGACGACCUAUCAAUUUUAACAAGAAACCAAUCAAACAUUACUCAAUUAGAUGAGAUAUAUGAAGAUGAAAUUCCAAAUUGGUCAAUUUUAGAAACCAAUUUACCAACUGAACAAAUAAUAAAUGAAGAUAUCUUAAAUUUAGAAGUUAAAAAAUUAUCAAAUCAAUUAAGUAAUAAAAAUAUUAACCUAAUAAGUUUUCAAAAAGAUAAUGAUAAAUCUGUACUGUAUUUAACUGAAAUAAGUUUAAAUUCAUCAUCAUCAACAAGAAAUAGUUCGAAUAAUUCCAAUUUUACUAAAGGUACAAAUACAAAUUCACUGAUUUUUUCAAAAACAAAUGUUGUUGGUUUACAAGAUUCAAAAAAUGAAUAUUUAAAAGAUUAUAAUUUAUUAAAAUCAUUUAAAAAUGGAAAUAUAAAAAGAGAAACAACUUUACAACAAAUUGCAAAUUUCAGAGACUCGAUAAAUUUUAAAGAAUUUGAAAUUUAA